AUGCACAUCACCCAGCUCAACCGGGACUGCCUGCUGCACCUCUUCUCCUUCCUGGACAAGGACAGCAGGAAGAACCUGGCCAGGACCUGCCCCCAGCUCCAGGACGUGUUUGAGGACCCCGCACUCUGGCCCCUGCUGCACUUUCGAUCCCUCCUAGAGCUCAAGAAGGACAACUUCCUCCUGAGCCCGGCCCUCAGGAGCCUCUCCAUCUGCUGGUACUCCAGCCGUGUGCAGGUGUGCAGCAUUGAGGACUGGCUCAAGAGCGCCUUCCAGAGGAGCAUCUGCAGCCGCCACGAGAGCCUGGUCAAUGAUUUCCUCCUCCAGGUGUGCGACAGGUGCCCCAACCUGGCGUCCGUCACGCUUUCAGGCUGCGGCCACGUCACCGACGACUGCCUGGCGUGCCUGCUGCGCUGCUGCCCGCGCCUGCGCGCGCUGCGCCUGGAGAACUGCGCGCGCGUCACCAACCGCACGCUGGCUGCCGUGGCGGCGCACGGGCGCGCGCUGCAGACGUUGCACGUGGACUUCUGCCGCAACGUGAGCGCGGCCGGCCUGCGCCGCCUGCGCGCCGCGUGCCCGCGCCUCGCGCUGCGGGCCGAGCACAGCGCAGCCAUGAUCCCGGACCAGCUCCCGAGCGCGCCCGGCACGGUUUUUCGCAAGCUGCUGCCGCCCUAG